AGCCCUCAGCCAUGGCAGCCCUGGCAGCUGGUGUAUCCAAGCGGCGGGCUGUUGCCCAAGGUCUUGGCUCCAGCCAGAAUGCCGUGAAGUACCUGGAUCAGGACUUUGAGACCCUGAGGCAACAGUGUCUGGCCUCAGGGGUCCUAUUUAAGGACCCAGAGUUCCCAGCCUGUCCGUCAGCUUUGGGAUACAAGGAACUGGGCCCGCACUCCCCCCAAACCCAAGGAAUCAUCUGGAAACGGCCCACGGAGUUGUGUCCCAGCCCCCAGUUCAUCGUGGGCGGAGCCACACGUACAGAUAUCUGCCAGGGUGGUCUGGGUGACUGCUGGCUUCUGGCGGCCAUUGCCUCCCUGACCCUGAAUGAAAAGCUGCUUUACCGCGUUGUUCCCAAGGAUCAGAGCUUCCAGAAGAACUACGCAGGCAUCUUCCACUUCCAGUUCUGGCAAUAUGGAGAGUGGGUGGAGGUGGUCAUCGAUGACCGGCUGCCAACCAGGGAUGGGCAGCUGCUCUUCCUGCACUCUGCAGAAGGCAGUGAGUUCUGGAGCGCCUUAUUAGAGAAAGCCUAUGCCAAGCUCAAUGGGUCCUAUGAGGCUCUCACUGGAGGGUCCACAGUGGAAGGGUUUGAGGACUUCACGGGUGGCAUCUCUGAGUUUUAUGACCUGAAGGAUCCACCAGCCAACCUGUAUCAGAUUGUCCGGAAGGCCCUGCGCAAGGGGUCUCUGCUGGGCUGCUCCAUUGACAUCUCCAGUGCAGCUGAGACUGAAGCCAUCACCAGCCAGAAGCUAGUCAAGAGUCACGCAUACUCUGUCACUGGCGUUGAAGAGGUGCAUUUCCGUGGCCGCCUAGAGAAGUUGAUCAGACUCAGGAACCCGUGGGGCGAAGUGGAGUGGUCGGGAGCCUGGAGCGAUGAUGCACCUGAGUGGAAUGACAUCGACCCUAGGCGGAAGGAAGAGCUCGACAAGAAAGCAGAGGAUGGGGAGUUCUGGAUGUCAUUUUCGGACUUCCUGAGACAGUUCUCUCGCUUGGAGAUCUGCAACCUGUCCCCAGACUCCCUGAGCAGCGAGGAAGUGCACAAAUGGAACCUGGUCCUGUUCAAUGGCCGCUGGACGCGGGGCUCCACUGCUGGGGGCUGCCAGAACUACCCAGCCACUUAUUGGACCAAUCCCCAGUUCAAGAUCCAUUUGGACGAGGCAGAUGAGGAGCAGGAGGGCAUCGGCGAGCCCUGUUGCACGGUGCUGUUGGGCCUGAUGCAGAAGAACCGCCGGAGAAAGAGGAGGAUGGGGCAGGACAUGCUCAGCAUUGGCUACGCCAUCUACCAGGUUCCCAAGGAGCUGCAGAGUCACACAGAUGUGCAUCUGGGCCGAGAUUUCUUCCUGGGCCACCAGCCCUCCGCCCACUCUGGCACCUACAUUAACCUGCGAGAAGUGUGCUGCCGGACCCGACUGCCUCCUGGCGAAUACCUGGUGGUGCCAUCCACUUUUGAGCCCUUCAAGGACGGCGAGUUCUGCUUGAGGGUAUUCUCAGAGAAGAAGACCAAGGCCCUAGAAAUUGGAGAUGUUGUGGCUGGAAACCCACAUGAGCCACAUUCCAGCGAGCUGGAUGGGAAAGACGAUGGAUUCCAGAGCCUGUUGGAGGAGCUUGCUGGGAAGAAUUCUGAGGUCACUGCCAAUGUGCUCAAGGCACUGCUGAACCGGGCAUUUUCCAAACGAACAGACAUAAAAUUCUCUGGAUUCAACAUCAACACUUGCUGGGAAAUGAUCAGCUUGCUGGAUAGCAAUGGAACAGGUACCUUGGGACCAGAGGAAUUGAAGAUGGUUUGGCUGAAGAUUCAGAAGUAUCUGGAGAUCUACCUGGAAGUGGGUUGUAACCACUUGGGGACCAUCAAUGCCCAUGAGAUGAGGACAGCUCUCAAGAAGGCAGGUUUCACCCUCAACAACCAAGUGCAGCAAACCAUUGCCUUGCGGUAUGCCUGCAGCAAGCUUGGCAUUGACUUUGAUAGCUUUGUGGCCUGUAUGAUCCGUCUGGAGACCCUCUUCAAGCUGUUCAGGCUCCUGGACAAGGACCAGAGUGGCACUGUGCAACUCUCUCUGCCUGAGUGGCUUUGCUGUGUGCUGGUCUGACCCCUGGUCCAGGACAUCAACUGUACUCUGCUUGCUGGUGUGCCUCUUCCCUCCCCUUUACCAUUUUGUGACAUUGGUGGUUCCCUGUCUGUAGUGUCUGUAGUUGUCUCCUGAGAUGUUUGCCUGUCCCACCCCUGCAGGUUGAUGGCCCCAAGGCUCCUGACAGCACUAAGCUGUGAGCUGUGGGAAGCUGGCCCCAGGCUCA